CGUGCUCGUGCAUGACAGACAUCAGCUUUACAUUUCCCAGAAUCUUUUCAAUAUUGACUCCGAAGGUCUCUACGAACUUCAUAUCUUCCCAAGACGAAGCGAAAUAAGGAGGACUCGGUCACAGUGGAAUACUUGUAUGCUGAAAUUUCGGAGCUUUGUUUGACCCCAAUCGAUUGAAAUUGUUUGGAUUCGGCCGCUGAUUGAAUCAGGGCUGGGCAAAAUAUUAAAUUGCAUCUUGAUUUGUUCAUAUUUUUCAUAUAUUCAUGUAGAAGGGAGACGUCUUCUUCGCCUUCUAUUUCCAUCGUUGGAGACAAGUGGACAGUUGUUUUCAGACUUCACAUAUCAAAUGGUACUUUAAUAUUGUUUAAUGAAGGAUGUUGUAAUGUGUUAAUUAUUUCGAUAUUGACAUCAUAGGACCCAGUUAUAUAUUUAUCAGGUCUUGUAAUUUUCCUGCUAGUAGAGAGUCGGCUAUAAAUCUGUGACAUUACAAAACAGCUCGAUGAAGAGAGAAAGCGAAUUGGAGGUGUCUUGUAAAAUCGAAAUUAUAGUAGACGCCAUUACAAACUCCUCAAAAGUGCACGACUAUGAAUAUACUAUGAUACCCCGUUUGCCUCAAUGAAAUAUGAUAGUCAUUUAAAACUUAUUCCCUUCAUUUCGUCGUUAUUUUGACAAUUAAUAAGACUAUCCCCUCUACAUCACUCUAUAUCUCUCUCUUCAAAAUGGAUGACAUAGCCUAUACAACCUGUGAAAUAGUUAUCGCUGCCUUAUCCGUCAUCGGCAACGGACUCGUUCUCUAUAUCUACACCAGCAACAGCCGUCUCCAUACUGUCACCAACUAUUUCAUCGUGUCUCUGGCCAUCGCCGAUUUCCUAGUAGGCCUUCUCGGGGUACCCUUCGCUAUCCUGACCAACGAAACUCUCCCUCAUGGAAGCUUCUAUGGCUGCCUCAUCAUGCUGAACUUUCUCCUCUGGCUCUGCGGGGCAUCCACCUUCAGCCUGAUCGGUGUCUCCCUCGACCGCUACAUCGCCAUCUCUUACCCGCUGCGCUACAACGUCUUCGUCACGCCCCUCCGGGCCAUCGUCGUCAUCAUCGUGUGUUGGAUUAUGGCCGCCAUCGUCGGGUUCCUGCCCGUGGUCGGCUGGAACAAGGGGGAGCCCGAGGACGGGAAGUGUUUCUUUAUUCACAUCAUUCACAUGGAUUACAUGUUGUUCAAUGCGGUCAUGGUCAUCUACAUUCCACUUGUCGUCAUGGUGGUCAUCUACGCUUUCAUUUUCCGAGCUGUUCGUAAACAGUUAGAUGUUAUGAGGGAAAACAAUGGACUUGGAGAUGCCUCUUGGUAA